CAAAACAAAAUGGUGGAUGUCAAGGAACUUUGUGAAGAUGGGUACAGAUUAGCUAUUCAAGCCGUAGAUUUAGACAAGAUCGGCAGCGGAGAUGCCGCGGCAUUUUUCUACAUUGAAGCUGCGGAAGCUCUUUUAAAAGCAUUGUCGUAUGAUCCGAGUUUGGACGUGAAGGACAAGGCUUCGCAGUACAUUAGGAGAGCGGAAGAACUUCGUUCAUUGGAACAACAACAAGGUAUUAAUCAACAGAAAGUUAAUUACGCUUACCUUUGUAGGAGCUACAAGGGAACUCAGUUAUUUGAUAGUUACCAAGUGUAAAACUCUCAAAUCAAAUCAGCUCUCGCUAUCUUCUGUCCAGUUGUAUGAUUUUUAACAUAAAAAAUUGAAGUUCACAAUUUAUUAGGAAGUGUUUCUGGCAAUCAAUAAAUAAAUCAAUCAAUUUAUUUGCCCUUUUUUUCAUCUAGUAAUUACAUAGUCUUAUAAUUAAAAUAUACUUGGGCAGGAACUCUCAGCAAACCCUGUAGGGCUUUCCCAGGAGAGCCCCUGGACAAGUUUUAUACAAGUUUGAUUUUAAGUUAAAAUUACAUGUCUGUGUUUAGAUUACCAAUCUUGGGCAUUUUUAAAAAGCCUUUGUGUUUACAGCCCCAAAAGAAAGUACUGCACCAUUCACUGACAGUCUUCCUCAGGUGUUGAGGUCAUGUGAUCAUGCAUUACCUUUGAUAUCACAAUGAUCAACUAUGAUUGGUGCAUUUUAUGCCUUUUUGCUUCCUGGAGUAGCAUGUACACCAACUCUCCCAAAUUUAUUGCCUGAAAAAGAGUUCACCACAAGCUUAAAUUACUCUGGAAAACAAAAACAUGGGUAAAUUUAUUAGUGCAGUUGAGCAAAAAGCCAGCUUGACUAAUAAAAAAGCCUGCAUAGCUUAGAAUCCCUGAUGUGCACCAUGAAUUUCACUUCCACUAGGUCCCUGUUGAUUGGAGUAGUAAUACCAGGCUUCAUAAAUUAGCUUAAUCACUUUGCAAAGUGGAUAUUAGAGACCUUAAGAUACACUGUUUCUGUUUACAGGUACGGGAAAAUUACCCGUACCUGUAGCCGUUAAUACGUGGUAGAUGGCUUCUUACCCUGGACAAUGCAUGGCUAGGCUACUGGGUAGAACGAUUAUUCCAUUAUCACAUCUUGGAAAUUAUCAUUGCCUUUAUUAUGACUACAUGGCAAACGUGUUCGGCUAUAUGUUAAGGUCCCUAACAGCCAGUCUGGUAAAUGUACUCAGCAACAGCAGAGAUCUAAGAAAACGCUAGUUGUAAUACUAUAUCCAUCAUGUGGUCUUUACAUGUAAGCCCACAGGCAGCCCAAGCGCACUAUUUGUGGGUUCGGGCUUCAGAGGUCAUUUGGUGGGAAAUACUAGAAUUAUUAGUGUAUUAUCUGAUGCCAAAUAAAUGCAAAAAGUCUUAAAGAUAUGAAGUCUUCUUGUUUGUCUAUCGGUACUAGUAGCCUUUAAGAUAACGAAAAUCGAUAUUUCUUGCAUUAUUACAUGCGAUUCGGGCCCUUAUUGAUCGAAUUUUAUCACAUGUAUUCGAAUCUACAACGCUAAGGGAAAAAAAAUCAUGAUCACGCGAAAUAUUGAUUCAAAAAGCUCCCUUACCUUUCGUUCAUAGCCACUCUGUGUCCUACGGCUGGUUUAAACGCCGUUUAGUCGACUUUCUUUCCAUCGAGUACUGAACACUAUAAAAGAAGGGAAGGCUGGAGACCUUCCAAUUGACCCUCGCCGCUCGAAGGCCAAUAAAUUCCAAACAAAGCGACCGAUCUCCCUAAAAUUGCCACCAGCCAGACCGAAGAGUGUACACCUACCCGUUCGACGAGCGCCAGGUUCUAAAUUGGCUGCAUGAGCUCGAGGAUCGUUGCAUUUCGCGAUCGAUUCUGGCCAGCUUCGCCCGCCAUGAUGCGCAAUCUUAACUGUUAUCCCACGAGAUUCAAAUCUUGGAGCUUGGCGACGGCGUCAGAUGGACAAAACGUCACUCUCGCGGGGGGGGGUCGUCACUUUUGCCCUAUCGCAAACCGACACCGUCCGGGGGCGGUGCGUUUAAUUGGCGAAACAGCUCACGCGUGUAUGACACAUGAAACCCAAAAACGUCCCAGACUGUCUUUAUUAUUUUCCACUCUUCUGAAUAGCCAAAAGAUUUCCUUUUCUUCUUCGGAGGAAAAUCCUCCUCUUGUCUGGCUACUUUUGAGAACAUCGUUAUCAACAGACUUUCUUCAAACGCUAGACACAGGCACCAAAAUACACGCAAUCACCUCAGGAACCAAAAUACACGCGAUUUUACUAACAAACAAGCUACGUGUAAAAGAAAAAUAUAUUUUAGGGUAGCUCUGAAAAGAACUAUAGUUAAAAUACGAAAGGAAAUAUCGAACUUGAACAGAACAGACCCAAACAACGGACUGCAACGAACUGAUUUUGGAACCAUUAUUGGCAAGAUUUAAUCUCAAAUCGGAGAUAAGACAGUCUGGGACGUUUUUGGGUUUCAUGUGUCAUACACACGUGAGCUGUUUCCGGCCGAAUUAAACGCACCGGCUCCCCGGACGGUGUCGGUUUGCGAUAGGGCAAAAGUGACGACCCUCCCCCCGCAAGAGUGACGUUUUGUCCAUCUGACGCCGUCGCUAAGCUCCAAGAUUUGAAUCUCGUGGGAUAACAGUUAAGAUUGCGCAUCAUGGCGGUUUAAGCUGGCCAGAAUCGAUCUGUCUGCAACGAUCCUCGAGCUCAUGCAGCCGAAUUUAGAACCUGGCGCUCGUCGAACGGGUAGGUGUACACUCUUCGGUCUGGCUGGUGGCAAUUUUAGGGAGAUCGGUCGCUUUGUUUGGAAUUUAUUGGCCUUGAGCGGCGGGGUCAAUUGGAAGGUCUCCAGCCUUCCCUUCUUUUAUAGUGUUCAGUACUCGAUGGAAAGAAAGUCGACUAAACGGCGUUUAAACCAGCCGUGGGACACAGAGUGGCUAUGAACGAAAGGUAAGGGAGCUUUUUGUAUCAAUAUUUCGCGUGAUCAUGAUUUUUUUUCCCUUAGCGUUGUAGAUUCGAAUACAUGUGAUAAAAUUCGAUCAAUAAGGGCCCGAAUCGCAUGUAAUAAUGCAAGAAAUAUCGAUUUUCGCUAUCUUAAAGGCUACUAGUACCGAUAGACAAACAAGAAGACUUCAUAUCUUUAAGACUUUUUGCAUUUAUUUGGCAUCAGAUAAUACACUAAUAAUUCUAGUAUAUUCCCACCAAAUGACCUCUGAAGCCCGAACCCACAAAUAGUGCGCUUGGGCUGCCUGUGGUAAGCCUAAAAAUUCUGGAUUUUUGCAGUUUGAAUCAAAUAUAUUGGUAGUAACAGCAAAUUUUAUUUGCAGAUUCAUCAGGUGUACCUACGUUCAAAUCUUCCCAACAGGCAAGCUAUUGAUGUUUUUCCCUAAAAAUAGUUAUUAUAAUAAUUAUAUUUAAUCUGUAGGUCAAUUUAUUGUUCUAGAAUAGGUCAUUUCCAAUUUUUAAAUUGCAAUUUUUAUUUUUAUAACUACAGAAAGGUGUGGAAAGAGCAGAAUUUCUCCUGAAGCAAGCACUACAUGAAGAUGAGAGAGGGAGACCAAAUGAUGCAUUGCCUCUGUAUACUGAUGCUGCUGAACUCUGCAUUGGAACAGUGAGUUGCAGUCAAAUUAGAUGAGGCCAAGGAGGUGGGGGAGGGGCCGGGGGAUGGGGAUGAGGAUGAGGUACACUGUAAAAUCCUAAAUAUAUCUGUAGGAGGGAUAUAGAUGCCUUCUGGAAAAUCAUAAUGCCUCACUUAAACAGAAUGCUUAUAUUAUUAUUUUAUUUAUUCAUUGUAUUAGCUUGGCCUAUUACUGAACAAUGAAUAAUAAAUGCUUAAUAGGCAGGGGUGCCACAACAGCGUUGAGCCAAUUACGUUGGUUCCAGAGCUUAAGAGAUAUAUGUAUGAAACAGUAAAACUUCAUGUGACAAAUUAUUAACAAAAAAUAACAGAGAUGGACAGACACGUUAUGUGAAACGUUACAUGACGGACAGACGGUUUUCUAUGAUCGAGGGUUCUCUGGGUCGUAGUUAUGUUCUAAGGCAUCCAUGUACAGUGUAGUACUUGCACAUGAUGGAUUUGUACUAUGUGUCCUAGGCUGUUGAGGUGUUAACAGGCAUCUGAUCAUAGAACCUAUCAUAUUCAGAGAACCAUGUACUGUUCGUAUUGUUGAACGCUCUCUAACUUGUGAUUUAAACUUUGCAGAGCAGUGGUCUCCCUGAUGAUGAUAAAUUGAAGAAAAAGCUUCAGCUUCUUGCUAAACAGGCAAUAGAGAGGUAGGUCAUACAGUCCAGGUAGAAGUAGAAAAAAUAAUAAAGCAAACAUACAUCUUGUAUUUGACAGUGUAUGAUGUAUUAUACACUGUAGUCAUAAGGGGAUAAAUAGGAAUUCCAUUCUUGGAUCUGUUCAGUUAUGGAUUAUGAAGUCAAAGACUGUGAUAAGCUGUACAGUCUGUUUUUACAUGAUGUUAUUAUUUUUUAAUUCCUGAUUUUGCAAAGAUUAAACUGGAAUUAAACAUUCAUACAACAAAAUCAAUAGUCUGUUUUUAAUUUGUACUCUAGUGUGGGUGUUUCUUUCUUAAAUAGGAAGAAACACCAUUAUAAUGAAUACUAGAGAGCAACUUUGAUUGUUCAAGGAUUAAAAAAGACUUUUUUGUCUGCUUCCCUUAUUUUAAUGUACUAAUAACUCUUGUAACAUGGUGACUUGUGGUUGUUUAAAUGUUGUGAUUUUUAGCAUCAAUUCCUCUUUAACUGAAACCUAACUGGGUAGAUAAUUAGAUGUGAAAUCAGCUAUAUCAUAGUGACAUGUGGUUUAUUUGGAUCUUUAGCAGCAUGCAAAGAAAGUCAUGUCUGUUAGCCGAGGGCUAGUGGAUUUUGCUAUCAGGCUAGUGAUUUUGUUCUUAACUUGCUUGAUGGGCAAGUGCUGUUUUUUUGGGAAAUUCAAAUUACAGAAGGAUUGUAAUCAAUCCUGCUAAUCAAAAAGGGUUUGGGGGCUAAUUGAAAUGACUUGUGGGCUGAUACAUGCUAGCUACAGCUUGCCCGAAUGGCAGGCUGUAAAACAGUCUUUCUUUGCACCCUGCGUUAGAACAAAAUUACCAAAUAGAUCGAAGCAAUUUUCUGUGUUACUACUUGAUUUUAUGGUCAUCACAUUUUUUUACCCCUCUUCAUCACUAUUUUGAAUUCAUUUUUCAGCCCAAUUUUUUCAACUUGUAUUCCUGUAAAAAAUAACAAUUUGUAUUAUUGUUUUUGAAUCUCAGAGCAGAAGCAAUAAAGGGAAUCUUAAACAUCAGACAAAGCAAUUCAGCAACACCAGGAUCAUUUUCAGUUAUUCAAAGUGUUCAAGGCCUCUCCCUCAGUUCUAAUGGUGAAUCAACACCUGGGAGUAGCACAGGGGAGAAACGACCUCACCUCACUGCUAAGGAACUGGAGGUUUUAAAGUACGAAUGUUUAAAUUGAGUGAUAAUAUCGCUAAUGAAGCAAUGAAUAAUUGCAUUUUCAACUUGUGAAACAAAAACAUUUUUUUUUUACAUUAUAAUGUGUGCACCAGUUCCAAAAAUUAUCCAUACCUCCCCCAUGGAAGGGAUUUUUCAUUAGACCCCCCCCCCCCACCACCCCUCUGGAAAUUCCAGUCAAGCUUCAUACAUUUUACUUAAAUUUCAGGCCUUUGAGAACCCCCCACCCCUAGGAAUUUCCUAUCCCUUCUGUGGGGGAAGUAGGAAUAUUUUCUGGAACCACACAAUGUAAAGAAGAUCAUCACACUAAAAAAUGCAACUUGCACACUGUAGGCAGUUGCAAAACGAAAGCCUGAAAACAUCCAGACUUGGAUUCCGACCUGGAUGAGUUUAGCAAGCUACAUUGUAACGGGAAGCUGGUCAUCAAUUGGUUAGAGCACUGCACCAGUACCGCAGAGGUCAGGGUUGGAAUCCAGGCAAAUAUGAAUUUUUCAGGCUUUCUCUUUGCAACUUUCUAUCAAAGUGCAUCAUAAUUAAACUGUGAUGACCUUCUCUUUACAUUUUAUUUCUUCAUCCCACAGUUCCAAUAAUUAAAAUUCACAUAUUCGUUAUUUCAUUCUUCCAUAAAUAAAUAAAUGACAUUUCAAUAUAAUUAUUACUUAUAACAAAAGUUAAAGUUACACAUAAGUUGUUUACCAACAAAGUGAAAAUCAACCUACACGAUUACAACUGUACAUACACAAUUUCACCAUAAAUGUACUGUUUAAAUAUGCAGUUUAACUCUUUCAGGAAAACAUCCUAUAUCAAUGGCAAAUUAUUUCCUCCAUGGCUAGACAUUGACCUCAAAGAAAGAUUUGCUUAUCCAGAUUACUACAGGUAAGAAUUCUGGAAAUAGAUUAUUAAAUACCCCCUUUUUCCAUACUUUUUUUGGUUGUCAGUAGUGUAAGGAAUCUUUGUUCUCAGCUGAUUUCCUAACUGUUUAUGUGUUUUGAUGUUUAUUAGUGACAAAGAUGGGCAACUUGCACUUUCACAAAAGCAAAGGGCACGCUUUGCUAAGUGGUUAAGGUAACCUGUUAUUUCAGUUUAAAGCUAUUUCUUGUUGCAGCAUUUUAAAAUAAUUUGAAAGGACAAAGCCCAAGGACUGUAACCUUAGGAUAUUUGUUCUGUGAUUAAUGAAAACAACACCUUAAGGGUACCAGGUGACAUGCUUUGACUCACCCCCUGACCCUAAACCUACACGUAGUUUCUCCCAUGCUAUAUGCUAUGCAUACAGACACUUCUCCCUGCAUUCAAACAUAAUGAAUAAUUUUGGUCUGUCUGCUUUGAUCCUUUGUUUUUUACUCUUUCUAUCAUUGCGGAGCUUUCUAAUUUGCUCACCAAUGAUGGAACGCAAUUUUUAGAACAUUUAGCGUCUUCUGUGUCGCUUAUAUACACUACCAAUCUUUAACCAUAUUUAACAAUAAUGUUUUUACUGUAUGGCAGGCCAAGUGAGCUGUGUGAGAACCCAGAAAUGAUCUAUGCUAUCUCCAGUUUUAGUAUUAAGCAGGUGACUGAAUUAAAAUAGUUUUUGAUUAAUUAAUAGCAAGCUAAAUUUUAAAAUGUAAGACCAGUACAAUGUAUCAGAUGAGGACGCAGAAAAACAAUUAUGUUAAGGGUUUAAUCUGUCCAAAACAGCUAAUUUCCACAAACAACUCUUACAUGUAUAGAUGUUUUAAUGGACUGCAAUGACAUUGUCAUCAUCACUAUCUGAGAAUUCUAGAACAUAUUGACACAUGUAUACCGGUAACGUUCUAUAACUUGUUAAGUGUACAUAUAUAGCAUGUACAUGUAGAUUAAAGCAAAACACGUACUAUUUUGUUUGUUUCGCUAUUGCUAUCAUCCUACUGUACAUUGUAAAAAUAUUUUUGUUACCACACUUCUUUCAUUUUGUUUUAAUAUUUCUGUUGCAGACUAUCGUUUCAGAUUGUUCAUUUCUUGCUUCACUGGCCAUCAGUGCUGCAUAUGAACGAAACUUUAAAAGGAGUCUAAUAACCAGGUAUCAACAUAAUCGUUGUUGCAAACGAAAAACUUGGGGUAUAAAAUUAUAUUGUCUCAAUUUUGUACAAAAAAUGUGCUUCUUAACUAUCAGAAAAGUGCUCACCUUUGCUCUUGGAAAGUAUGGGUUUGGUAUUAGCCAAGCAUUCGUACAUUUUUAUUCUUUCUACCACUGCGUGCAAUUUGACGCAAAAGGACUUUCACCUUCAUUUUAGGUAACAUCUGACAUCUCAUGGGUGUGUCCCGAGUAUAGAUGCGUUGACAAUCCUAAGGCUACAUCAGAGGAGACUUUUCCGGAUUUAUUACAUUUUGGGUAUUCCGAUUCGCAGGCGUUUAUACUUUGAACGUAUUCGGAUUCACAACCGUUUACACAUAAUUUAUCGAUAAAUCCGGGGAGCUAUAGCAACGACGAUUACGAAGACAACGAGAACGUCAAAAACCUAUAGGUUUAAUAAGACAAACGACAAAUUUGGUACGUGCAGCACGCGUUUGGUAUAUUUCUUUGCUAUCCUUGCCCCCCCCCCCCCCUCCCUGCACGACAAAGACGUGAAAUUUGGUCAAAUUUAUUUAUGCGACAUUGUUUGGAGGACGUAAACACAACACAAUGAAUUUCUUUUUCUAUUUCCAAACUUGGGUGCGGUCCUCAAGAAUUCAACUCCAAUUAAAUUCACAUUACAUUUGCCAUUUUGAAGAGUGUUCGAAUAAACGCGGAUAAAGUUUGAAUAAAAGCGAAUUCAUCUUAAUAGUGACGUUUUUGCUGCCCUCGCUGUUGUUUUUGCUAAAGCACAUCAACGUGACACUUCCAUUUUACGCUCUAAUCCUUCUUUCAAGCACUCUUAACAGUUGUUCUGUAAUCUGAUGAAUUAGAUCUUUAUACAUGCAUAACCAGAAAAAUAAAAAAUAUUUCUAGAUGAAGCUUUGACAAUCCUUGGUAUCCUUGGAACGUUAUAUUUCAUUUACCUGUUUGGAUAAGUUAGCUUUUUCCUUUCUCUCUUUCAGUAUCAUUUACCCACAGAAUCGUGCCGGAAAGCCCGUCAUUAAUCCAUCAGGCAAAUACAUGAUCAAACUGCGUAUUAAUGGGGUUGCAAGAAAGGUACAUGGCUAUGACUGUUGUUAACAUAAAGCCCCGGUCAACCGGUCUCACAACUCCCUCAACAAACCCGAACAGACAAUCUUGCUUAUCCCUGCGCUGCGAAAGGAGGGAAUGAAAAAGGGAAUAUUUAGAACCACAAAGUAAACUUAAAUCUUUGACUUUACUCGGACAUUAUAUUAUGAUCAAUCAAGGAGGCCUGUUUUAUACUUUUCAUGUUUGUAGUCUGAGAACGAAAUCGUAAAGUCUGGCAUUGUAACUUGACUGACAGUACAUCCGCGAAUUUAUUUCUGUUUUAUUCAUGACAGGUGGUUGUCGAUGAUACUCUACCAGUAGGAAGAGAUGGCGAACUGUUAUGCUCUUACUCAAACAAUCGCAAUGAGAUGUGGGUCAGUUUAAUUGAAAAAGCUUAUUUAAAGGUACGUCUCUUACUGACGUUAGGACGCUUAACCCUUCUAGUAAGUCCCAAGAGUGACCAACAUCAAUUUUCUCCCAACACAAUCAAUACAUCGUUAAGAGGAAAGAUUAUGAGAAUGGAUAAAGUCAUCACCAAAGGAAAUGUUUGAUCUUUAUCAAUUUCUCCCGAGUAUUAAAUUCCUAAGGAAAAUGUACAGAGAGUAGUCUGGAGAAUUAGUAAAAGAUUCAAUAUCCACAACCGAAAAAAAAAGGGUUAAAGGGGUUGUGUCAUGGCUGUCUUCUUUAUUUUGUUAAUAAUUAGCAAUUUUUGAAUUCGGCGUUCGUAUCAUCUGAAGAAUUACGGAGAUCGAGGAGGGUGAUAUCUGCCGAGGCGCAACGCGUACGUGCUCUCUCAGACACUCAGACACUUUUUUUGCAGGUGAUGGGAGGCUAUGACUUUCCUGGUUCCAAUUCGGUAAGUUAUUGUUUUUAAUCAUCUAACUGAUGUGACCGUGAAAAUGGCCUGAUGUUCCUAAAAACAACCCUAGGCCUACCUUCUGACGAUUGUUAAUCGAGCUUGGCACGCCAAGCCUGUAAACAACCAAAUUAGCUGACAAACGAGGGAUUUUGGUCGUGAACGCAAUUUAUAUGGCUUUUACAACAGCGUUUCAGUACUGUGCGAUUUUGCCUAUUUUUAUCUUUUAGCGCAAAUUUAUCUGUAGAAUGAUCGCAGAGUUGACCCUCUCCCAGGAGAUGGCAAAAAGUCGACCCUGCUAGAAGGGCUCCCCAAGCAACCAGUCAAUUUUGCUCUUCCCCCACCCCAAGGGUAACUCUACUACUCGUGUAAAUUAAACUUGUCGGCAUAGUGGGGUAGGAACGGGGUUAACUCUUCAGGGAAGAGUUACGCGUCCUCCAAGCAAGCGGGAUCUAAGACGGAUUUUAUAGGCCAAGAAGAUUUGAUUACUGUGUUUUAGGAACCGUUGGAACGUAAAACCAUCUAGCCCCGGUUGUUAAAAAGUUGGGUAGCGCUAUUCAGCAGAUAAACCACUAUCCAAUAGAUAAGUAAUAGGGAAAUCGUCUUCAUUGUCCUGUAAGUAAUAGCCUGCGUGGCAGGUGCAAAAAGGGGAGGGAGAGCGGGGAGGGAGAAAAGCGCGAAAGCGGGGCCCUCUCUCCCCAAUCCCCCUCCCUUUUUCCCUUCCUUCCUAUCCCCUACCCCUUUCGAUGCCUGCUACGCAGGCUAGUAAGUAAUGAUUUGUCUUUUGGAUAGCCGUUAAUCAUCUAAAAACAACUGGGGUCUGUAGACGCAUUUUACAACUGCUACUUUUUCUUGGAAGGAGGAAUAUUUUACAACUACCCGUUGAAUAAUCUUUGUUGUAAUAUGUAGCGCCCGAGGCCUUGGCCAAAUGUCGAACUUUUCAUGAGAGGAACCAAACUUAGUGAGUUAAGUUUAUGAAAAGUUCGAAGUCUGGCUCAGUUAAGUUCGUCUGAAUGAGUUUGGAUCGUCCGACACGUUCGAUCCGUCUAUAAGAUCGACUCCUGGGCAAACGUCGAUCAUCGCAUGCGACGAAAUAAACCAACAGAUUUUAAACAUUUGUAUGGUAAUGCAUAUUUAGCCUCGUCCGGGAGACAAUUUAUUAAAAUUGAGCUUAAAUUGCUUUUUAAUUGGUCUGAUUCAGUUGAUUGGUUCGACGCGUUUUAAGUUCGAUGUCUGACCCAACAGACGAUCUCAAUUUUAUUAAAGUCGAAAUUUGGUUAAAGGCGUGAAGAGUUCGACGUUUGCCCUAGGCCUAAGUCAGUUGUGUGUGUGUGUUGUUUGAUUUUAGAGUAUUGACCUUCAUGCUCUGACGGGCUGGAUUCCAGAGCGCAUGUCCAUCAAAAGGAACGAUCCCAAAUUUAAUGAGAGUAUGCAUUUUGAUCGGCUCCUGAACGGACUGAGGAAAGGUGAGGGCCAUGUGAUAAACUCUGAAACACUUAUAUUGAUUAAGAUUCAGUUUCUCAUCCCCGUAUCAGAGCAAUAUCGGGGCGAGACUGAAGAGACGAAAAAAUGGAAAUGCGAGGCUUGCUUUCCAAACGUGAUGUGAAAAUAAAGGACAGCUUGACCAGAGAUUUUGUUUGACAGCAAUUAAGCUAUCGCGCGAAUUUAAAGAGUACUAUUUGAGUAUGUGUUGGCUAUUUCAAGUUGCAACAGUUUUGGUGGGUUGUGUUAUCAUUUUUUUUUUGUUCAAGAAGUAGGGCGUAAACCACUAAGAACUUUCCCAUUAGGGUAUCAAAAACAGCAAAAUGGACCCGAAUAUUUUCCUCUUUGAGUAAUAUAUGUUCUUACCUCAUGAUCUAUCGCGACCUGCUUCCAUUUACGCAAUCGGCAAACACAUGAUCAUGAAACUAAUCAGUUUUUUUACUUGACCACAGGUGAUUGUCUUAUCACGGUCGCAACGGGGCCCUUAAGCGACAGCGAUGCUGACCGAGCAGGGCUGGUAUCUACUCACGCCUAUGCCUUGCUGGAUAUGCGAAAAAUCCAGGUAAGUCGUGAUUCGUAAAAGGGUUUUGUGAAGUUGAACUGAUUUGCCCAGCACAUUGUCUAACUCACUGGCGGACAGGUAUUGAAUCCCGAUUAGCCUGCUCAGCUGACGGUGUGGUCUGGCGGGCGCGAUCCCUCCCAUUGCCCCUCCCCAACAAAACCGCCAGUUUCGCUACGUAACUGAGAUGUUCCCGGUAUAUAUGGGUAUUGCGGAAGUGUGAGAUGAAUAUGGUUAUUGGGCAAGUUCCUUUUUUUGCGUUCGUUUCGGUCUAUUUUACACGUGAAAAAAAAAAAAAAAAUGACGAGGUCAAUAUCCCAUAUCAGUAUCAAUAGCCAUCGUAACCAGACACGUCCGAGAGGGCAGGAUCAUUCUUUUCGCUCUGGUAGCCAAUCAAAACACAGGAUUCACUACAUCAUUCCAGCUCAAGGAGCUAUUCAUAUAAUAAUACUCAUUAUUAAAAACUGAAUCAUUGGAUAAUGCAAUUCUAGAACUCUGAUUGGCUUAGCCAUCAUGGUAUAUGAGCCAUUAUACCAUGCUCUCCACAUGUGGUAACUGCACACAUCUGCUCAAAAUUAAAAACAAGCUGAAAAUCGGUUGUUUCCACAAAUAUAGUCGGGAAGAAUUCUCGAUAUUUUGUGGGCGUUUUUAAUAAAACAAUUAUUCCACUACGCGCUACUCGCCUCGUUGGCUUUCACCCAUCUCAUAUCCAAUGCGCACUCAUGGAAUAAUUGUUAAUUGAUAAAGAGGCUGUGUCACGGAAUUUAUCAAAAUUCAAAGAGUGGUAACUACCACCAAACUGAGGGAAACACAAAAAUAACCGCUCAAAAUGUUGAAAUAAGAAGGUAUAAACAACACAGCAAAUAAAAAAGGUGGCACGGAUGGACAAACUGGAAGAAGAUUUAAAAAACGAAUUGGAAUUGCGAUUUUUGAAACUUGUUAGCCUAACAGUUUUUCAACAUUUUUUUUUUUUUUGUAACGUUUGAUAUAAUGCUUGGAAGACAUAAUUGCUUGACAUGAAGCUGAUUUCUCAAGUUCGAUAGUCAGUAAGGAUGCAUAAUUGGCAUUAUAAACACAAUGAACUAAACAGCUGUGACGACACAUCGCCUUUAAACUUGGAAUUACUUAUCGACUACUUGGAAUUACUUAUCGACGACCACCUUUUUUAUAUCUUCCGAAUAGGUAUAGCUGCAGUUAAAUGUAUUUUACUUGUUAAAUUUAUAUGCUGUGAUUUUACUGAGUGUGAUUAUGUAUUCGCUUUCUCAUAGGGGCAUCGUCUGCUUCAAUUAAAAAAUCCCUGGAGUCAUUUGAGAUGGAAAGUAUGAACCGUAGUACUGGCAAUAAUUAGAUUAGCAGCCACGAAUUAUUCACUCUGUACACACCUUUAGUUUCGUUGCGAUAGACGGUUACAAGAUUUGUGCGUGCCAGUAUACAAACACUGUUUCAACUUUACAGUCGUCCCAACAAUGCAGUCGCUCAAUUUAGAUUUUUGGUCGUCACUUCGAGUGAACACCCAAAACUACAACAUAACAAGGAGAAGGAAAGACCAGGUCAUGUGACCUCGAAGGGUGGGAAAACAAAAACAGGCUACCCAACCGUUACAUAAACUCAUAUUCUUUGUUAUUGAAACAACUGUCACAUAAUUUAUAAUCAAUUUCCAAAGUUCAAGGAUGGAGUCACUCAGUCUGGUAUUAUUUAGGCUUGGGUUAGUUUAAUAAAAUGGUUCCAUGAAGGAGCCAAUUAAAUCUCUUGGCAUCAGUAAAGGUAAGUUAGAAGCAGUCAUUGCGGUUAACUCAGGUUGUCUGUUUACAGGGAAAAUUUUCUGAAUUAGAUUCUACCAGCUGGACACCAGAACUUCAGCGAGCUCUAAACUAUGACAGGAAGAGUGCUUUGCAGAUUGACAAUGGUAAAAUACUUUUAGCGUGUGCUUAUUGACUUGAAUUGCCUGUGUGAUGAUCUGUUAAAGAAUAAGUCGAUAUUAAUUUUCUCCAAUUGCAUUAAAGCUUGAUUAUUAUCUCAGUUGAUUCUUGGUUUUGGUUUGAAUUUCUUGUUGCAAUGUUGUUUUUGUCGUUGAUGAUGAUGAUGAUGACGAUGAUGAUGGUGAUAAUGAUGAUGACAAGUUAUUUUCACGUGUGAAGACAUCAUGUUUUCGCGCGAAAGCUCACCUGGUAUUUCAUUGGUGGUUAAAUAAAAAUAUAAUAAAGACGAUGGUGGUGGUGGGGAAGACUAUGAUAGAGAUCGGAAAAUUUUCUUGACCCGAGUGAAAGGUUAUCCAUUCUUCAAAUUACAUUUAAUCUUUUUCUAGGUGUUUUCUGGAUCAAUUGGGAGAGCCUUAUGCAAUUUUUUGAUGUGAUUUACAUGAACUGGAAUCCCAAACUCUUCAAAUACCGCUUCUCUCUUCACUCGUAAGUACAGCUUCUUUUCGCAGCUUAUUUUUGACAGAACUUAGUUAUGAUGUGUUUUCAAGGAUAUGCGUUGAAUGGUUAAUUUAAAGAUGACUUUCAACUUUCCUUCCUUUCUUUUACAUACAAACCCGUGAGCAAAUGCAAAAAGAGCUUGGGAUGAUAAAAUGGAAAUCGCGGUAGCUUGUUUCAGUCGUUUGUUUAGGGUUUGAGAAUGAGGUGAUUGGAUUCAGUCACCUUGCCUUUCAUUGCCUUAGUCAUUUGUGAUUUUUCAUUACCGUUAGCACAAUUUUAGCACGGCGUUGUUAAAACCAGAAGUUUUCAAGAUGGAGUCGCGAUGAAAAAAGAAGGGAAGCGUUUCAGAAGUAUUGUAUAUAGGAAUGGGUAAAUUUGUUGUGUUUCAAAACUUAAAUUGCACUUCUGUCUUCCUACAGGACGUGGACGGCUGCUGAAGGACCCAAGAAGGAUGUCUACAACGUUGGUCAGUGCAUUUUAAAACAUCUUUAUUUUUGCUUUGGUAAACUAAUGCCGACAAACAAAACGUACAGAUUCACUGCUGAAUUUCUUUAUUUCAGUUAGCAGCCAGGCAUUGCGUUUAUGAAGGUGCUGUGGCAUGCAACUUUCCAAUAGUAAUUUGAUUUUAAUUAGGCUGGUUUUUACUAGGGAAGAAUUCGUAGUCGGAGUCGUUAUUAGGACCGUGGAAACAGGUUCCGCUAUGAUUCCGUUAUGAUCCAGUGAAAACAGAUUCCGCUAAGUUACAGGAGCAGAAGUGGUAGAACUAAACCAAACACUUCUCGUGGGGACGAGAAUUGUGAUUUCUUCAUUCUUGUGCCUCUGCGUACCGCUUGAACAAUCUGCUUUUCGCUAUAAAAAGGUCGUAAACGACGGACUCAUAACUGCGGAAUCGAAAGAAUAUUGAUACGUUGGACAGAGCACAAAAACCGCAAGACAUGCGCACUGUCGAUACGUUGCGUUUUUUGCAACUCCUUCUCCGCCGAGCUCAUGAUUCCGCUUACCACUCCAUAUGGUUAAUUUUUACUUAAUGGUAAGCGCUCUUACGACUCUGACUCCAACUCCAUCUCCUUUGUUACUGGUGAAAACCAGUCUGAAAAAUGCAUAAUAAUACGCAUACUAAUGGUGCACAUGAUUAACAGGUGACAAUCCUCAGUACAAGUUGGAGUUGUUGUCCGCUGACCAAGACACUGUUGUUUGGAUUCUUCUCACUCGACACAUAACACAAAAGGUACAUGCAAUGUCGUGGUAUACGAUGUAUUGUUAUUUUAAAAGAUUUUUUGUAACGCUUUUCGAUCGUUUACCCGGGGGUUGGUAGUUUGUUAAAUUGUGAAAAAAGUGAUAUGCUCCUCUGACUCUCGAAAACCUUCUGAUAGGAUGACUUUGCAGAGAAUAAGGAGUUUAUAACAGUUCACGUGUACAAAUCAGAUGGCGGAAGAAUAUUUUACCCAGGUAACUGCGUUCAUUACUCAGAUUUCUGUCAGCUUUUUACUCCACCAGCUUUUAGAUUUCAGUUCCCCUUCUUCUAAACUUGGGUGUCGUCUAAUAGGAAGCACUUUCGAGCGUGUUUUUUUUGUUUGUUUGUUUGUUUUUGAUGUUGCUGUUUUUUAAUCGAUCCUAGUUAGCAGACGUUUUUUAACCAAUUUUCAAACGAGAAACAGGUCGAGCGCGAAGUCCACUGCAGGCUUUUAAAAUGAUAAAUUUUAAGGCACGCGGACCUAACUUUCUUUGUACCUCCCUUGCUCUAGAUAACCCGUUCUUGGAAGGUACAAAAAUAAACAGUCCGUUCUAUCUGGCCAAACUCAACGCACCUAAAGGAACAAAGCGAUUCACGCUUGUUGUCUCUCAGUACGAGAAAACAAACACCAUUCACUACACCCUCAAGGCAAGUACCUACAUAUCAAAAACGGUUUCAACGUUUUCUUCUAUCUAUCUGUCUGUACUCUUAGUCCUUAGUGUAGUGUCUCAAAUUUGAAAAAAUUUAUACCUCUUAAGUCAAAAUGAAGAAAAAUUACAUAUUCAAACAUUACCCCCUCCCCCAUUCCUUUGGGAAAUCUGGCAGUGUUUUUCCCGCCUUCUGUCACGCCACUUUCCAACAUGUUUUGCUGUAUAAUACAUAUAUAAUACAUAUAUAUAUAAGCUGUAUAAUACAUGGUGAUUUUUGUAGUGGGUUCUGUUAAAUUUAAAUGGAUUUUUUGUUCAACUGCAGGUCUUUUCGUCAACUGAAUUUCGUUUGUCCCCAGUUCCUAUUCCAUACACAGUUGAAAAGCAGGUUAGUGUAUUGUCUAACUGGGUUGACUCGUGGCUGUGUGUAUAGCGAAAUUGUGAUGCCAAACGCGCCUCCACUGACCAAUGUUGCAACAGUAGGGUUUUCCAGUGAAACGACUCUUCAAGGUGGUUGUAAAGUCAGUUGAACUUGGCCGUAUCAGUAUUACAUCAAAUUACAUUCACUGAACAUUAAAUCCUUUGUAUUUCUUUUUUUAAUGGAUCUUGAACAUUGUUUAACGAAAAGUGGUUAUUUAAACUGAGUUUGGUUAUCUUGCUGACCAGGUCUCUUAUUUGUUUGUAUUGUAGGUAACAGGUGAAUGGAAAGGCACCUUGGCCGGCGGAUGUCCUAAUUAUUCAUCACAUUCCAAUAACCCAGUGUAUCGUCUACAGCUGCAGACAUCUUCUAACGCAGAAACAGCUGAAGUUCUACUGAAACUACGUGGCCCCAAGUAAGUUUUGAUUGCCAAGACACCGCGUUUCAUCAAAAGAGGGCGAAUUUUGAAUGGCGCGUUUUAGCAAGACUGUUGCUUUAAGGGCUAGAGGCAUUGUUUGGGGUUUUCAUGUCAGUAUUGUUUUGUUAGCUAAUUAAACAGCUCGUUUUAGUUGAGAUCUUCGUGACGGCCCUUCCCUCUGUCGAACUUUUUAUUGUUUUACUGACAUGAUGAACCCACACGAACUGUUUGUAUGUCACUUGCAUUCGCCUCCUCAUGAUUGAACGUUGUCUUGUACUCUGCCAGGAUUGAUAGUAGAAUAUUUUAUUCUCUUUUAGACAAUUUUCUGUGGGCGUCAUUAUUCGUUCUGUUGACCGCGCGUCUGAUGGAAAGCCUGUGUACGAGGCGUACUCUGAUACGUACAGGUAAAUUUAAUACUGACCGUCACAGUUAUCCAAUGAGAUGUGAUUACAGUACGAUACCCUCAUUAAAAAGUCACGGUUACUUGUGUCUCAGUAAAGCCAUUAUGAAACUACUGGGCCACUUCGUGAGAUAACAGUAGAAGGUCAAGAACUGACCUUACCGGCAGAAGAGAGCCCGCUGGAUGUUUACUGACGAGUUGAACUCGUGGCUAUCCCUAUAUAUAUAGCGGCCAGUUACCAGAGUCCCGGUCUAAAUCAUUGAAUAAAAGAUUCUCCUUUCCCUGACGUCGGUUGCUUAUAGAAAUUGUUUGACUGUACGGUAAUUGUCAGGGCGAGACUUGAACCCGGGUCCAUCGGAUUGCGAGUACAGUGCUCUGACCCCUCGCUCAGGCUACUCCCGAUAGGAGGGGAAAGCGAGAAAAAACACGCACCGUUCGCAUCCCUUCUUGUUCGAUUUUUCCUCCUUUUCCAGGGGCACCCAAUGGAUCUGUUCCUCAAAAUAUCUGUUCUUCAUGCAAAUUUUUGCUGGCUGGGAGAUGUGGAAGAAAUAAUAGUCCUUGGAAGGAAAGUGUUGCUGGGAAAAAGAUAAUUCAGGGUGUCAGAGGGGAUUUGAAGUCUAGAAUAGCUGCUACGGGUUACUUGUAUGGGUUGCUUACCACUCAAGAUCUGGAUUGGGCCCUACGAAACUUCCCAGUAAGUCAGGUUGCAGGUUGUAAGGUUGCUGGCUGGGAACUCUUCCAUCAGUCUUGCUGGGAGUGACGAACAGAUAAUUUUUUUCCAGCAAUCUCCCAAAAUGCUUAAAAUAGUCUCAGAAAACUUUAUUCACGCUUUGUUGUUGUUUUUAGGUCUUUUUCUCAAAAUUUCCCGUUGGGUGCCCCUGCUUUUCCUUCGCUUUUGAUUCCUCUUAUAGGUUUGGCCAAUGUCUUGGAUCAGACCCAUUCGUGUUCAAAGACAUUCAAGAUAACGCGGCAUUAUUUAUAACUAUUUAAUCUCAAGCACGAGAAGAGAAAUUGUGUGGCCAAAGUGAUAUUUCCAAACAUUGUUACAAAUUUUCGUAAAAUCUGAUAUAUGUAGGUCCUUAUUUGACAUAUAACUGGUUUGUAAUUUUAUUUCCAUUCAUAUCUCAAACGCAUUGCGUACGUUCUGUUUCAGGCCUGGCUUUUACGUACAACAGCUGACCAAAGUGCCCGCCGGAACAUAUGACUUGAUUCCGUCAACAUUUUACCCAGGACAAGAAGGGCCGUUCAUACUAACGAUAGCAGCGAGCUGUAGAAUAGGACUUGGAAGAAAGUAGAAAUGUUGCUGUGUUACACAAGUUAACCAAAUUCAUCCCUUACGAACUGGUCACCAAAUUGAGUGAACUAUAAAAAUAACUGUCGCUUUGAAAGUGUAAAGUCACUGUUAAAUAAUACGGGUGCAGGGGCGGAUCUAGGGGGAGGGUGCAGGGGGUGUGCACCCCCCCCCCGAGAUUACCUGCGGUUUUCUAAUACAACUGGUAUUCUGCCAAAAAAAAACUAUGUGGUUUAUUGGUGCACCCCCUCCUAAAAAAAAUCCUGGAUCCGCCCCUGGGGUGAACAAACAAACUUUUGAAAACUGUUCAGCCGGCUACUUUUGUUUGAAUUGUAAGGCGCAGGAGAUAUUUUUAUGUCAGGAAGCAGUGAUCUCGCCAUUCAGAACUACAGUCAAAACCCCGCUUUACGGACAGCCACUUAAUACAGACACGUCAUUAUUACGGAUAGUCUGCUUCAUCCCUUGGAAAAGAAAGCCCUAACAUUGUCUCUGACACCACGUUAAUACAGACACUUUCUAUGGCCCCCUUAGUGUCUGUUUUUACGGGGUUUGACUUUACUUCCUUUUCAAAGCAACUAAGUUGCAAAACUAAAGAAAUACACUAAACUGCUUCGAUCCAUGCCCUUUAAGAUUGUCAGUAGUACAGGCGUGGUUUCUUGGCUCGUGGAUGAGUCGCAAUGAAGAACAGAAAAGGGAAGUGAGGAGACUGGAAAAUCGAAUUGUGGGGUCGCUUUUGGGAACUAAUUUUGACCCAGUUUUCCACUCAAGCUCUUAAGAGCGAAUCCAUGCAAAAAUCGACCAAAAUCGCCGAUUCGUGGCAAGGCUAAAAAAAAUCAAAAUCGCUCUUCUUUUGCAGACUGGUAGACUUUAGCAAGUAUACAAACGCUAUGUAUUUUUUUCUUCGAAAGAUCUGUUCGUUUUCGAGAAAAACGAAGAAAACCGUUUCAAGCCCCACCGUCGAUUUCGCAAGCCAAAAACAGGGUUGAAAUUCAUCACGAUUUGCUGGACUCGCGUUUCAAUACAACCGUGCUAGGAAGAAAAAUUAUUGCUAAAAUUUUAAGUUUAACUCGUCGUUGAUCAAAAUAUCUAAUAUUUUUAGCAUUACAACCGUCUGAGUAAUUAUAAAAAAACUAAAGCGUACGGCUACCUGAUGUUUACCCACGAAAGGUCGUUGAAAAAAACGACGACUUUCAUCAUGUGCCUUUGAUCAGAAUUUUUUCAGAUUGAAGGGAAAUACACUACAGGCAUCUAACGUUUAUGUUAUGUAAAAAUUAUUUUGGGGAAAUCACUUUGACCCUCUCAGAAAUUAUUUGAAAAUCGUUUUACAGACAACAUAAAGUAACGCCAUCUUUAACAUAUGCGUGACCAUCGUCAGUCGACCAGGUAAAGAUCAUCAAACGUCUGUCCUAAAAAGUCUUGCUAAUAUUCACAAACAAAGUUCUAAAUGUUAAAGUACUUACCCUAUUCUUUGUUUCAGGUCUACGUUUACGGCAAAAUGUUUCCCGUUGCCAUCUGUUCAAGUUUGCCAUUCUAUAUUAAACUCUGUUUGAGACUCAUAACCAACACGCAUGCUUUCUAACGAAGUUCGCUUAUGUUAAUUCAACACGUAGUAAACCCUCUCUUCCUUAUCUGUCAACAACGUUUGUCUCAAAAUGCUGCUGGAUACCGCAGAAGGAAGCG